CUAAUACAUGUUAAUUUCUUACAACAGGAGUGGGAGAUGUGGGAGACACGUUGAUCAUUAAGAAUAUUUCACGCCAUUGUGGCGGGGAGUACGAGUGUAUGGCCGACAACGGGGUGAAGGCGGCAGUACAACACACCAUCAAAGUGGACGUACAUUUUCCACCGGAAGUUAGCCUUAUUAACGACAGACAGUCGCAGAGAGUAGGAAGGGAGACAAUUCUACAAUGUGACGUGUCCGCAUCGCCCCUGGGCGUCAAUGUCUGGAAAUUUGGAGAUCGCGAAUUUGAUCAGCAGAGUGGACGGAACUACCGCACAGAAAUGUACAGGGAAGACAAGAUGAGAGUCACCCUCUCAUUGAGGAUUUUAAAUAUUGGUGAGGAGGAUUAUGGGAAAUAUACAUGUGAAGCGCACAAUAAAUAUGGAAGAAGCGAAAGAUCAAUGUAUCUGGACGUGUUGAUGGACCCGACCCAAAAACCUAGAUCAAGUAGCCUUACUUCAACAACACAGGUGCUCACAUAUUCCGACCCAGCUAAAAGAACUCACCCAGAAACUGUGUCACAAGUCAGAGAACAAGGUAACGGUGACACAAAAAUAUUCGACUUCAGUAAAAUUGGCAGACAAAAAGGUUUGAGGCCACGAGAUGACAGAAAUGGUCAAGGUAUCCCACAAGCUGUUCUCUGGACAGAGAUAAUUAUCAUUUCGUUAGCACGGGUGUGUUCGAUGUGGAGAGUAACGUAAUAAAGAUGGUGUUUGUAACAAAAUUAAAUCAAAGUAAAAAGCCAAAAAAUAUUUAAAUGAAAUGGAUUAACUGAGGUAUGUGACCUAUAAUGGAAUUUAUUUUCUGCUGACAAAGUAAUCAACGAAUACAACGUUUAGUUUAAGAAGCGGAACCACCUGUUGUUGGGUAGCCAAGUGGAUCUUGAUGAAUCCUGGUCAGUGAAUAAUGGCGUGUGUUUGAAGUGACUAUCUUUUGCUAAUGCAAUGCAUUCCAAUUAACUGUUAUGAUGUAUAUACAUUAUGCUCGAUAUCCCAUUAUGUGAGUAGUAUUCCAUAUAUCAACUGUUAUAUUAUAUUAUAGUUAGAAUGGCUUGCAUUUUUGGCAAGCUAUUGGUAUGAAUUUCUUUGUUCAAAACCCAUCCCAAUGACAAGAAAAACAUAAUAAUUAUAUACCAAAAUUUAUAUGCGUUCAUUGCAUGGCAUUCAUAAAAUAUUUGAAGAAAUGAAUGCUACAUAUAUAAGAUUGAAAUUGUAGAGUAAUCAUAAAUAAAAUCCAAGUAUGCAUCGCUUUAUCUACUACAUGUGUAAGAGGAGGAUGUAUUGUACUGAAGCAUUCAUUAAUAUUCAAAUACAUUCUUAAUAUAAAUAAAAGAGCAUUUGUAAGAAAUGAUAGAAAACCUUUAAGGUUGACGUAGGAGUCAUCUAACAUGGCGCCUGAUACGUCAUAUCUGAAGUCGUCUUACAUAUGUAUUAUGUAUUACAAUGUCAAAAUUAUAUUUAAUUCCUUGCAGCAUUAUAAUUAAUUGGGUAUUCUGUUUAUUUUUCUGUUUCAUAAUGUCAAUUAAUAUUAUCUUUUGUAAUCCAUUUACGAGUGUGUAUAACUUUUUUUGUACAUUUACAUAUAUAACGUUUGUUUGUUAAUAAGAAGAGUAAAUGUUCCUGUAUGAGAACUUUGUGUUUAAUGUUAAAGCAACAAAAAGAAAGCAAA